UUAUAUCCUUUUUGUCCAUUCCCCAUGCAACUACUACUCGGUCCUACGUCUUUGACCGUCGCCGAAGCUUGCAGACACUACCGUCAUCUACAAGGACUUGUCCUAGUUUCUCGAUGUCUGCUCACGCUGUCGACGUUCAAGGUGCAAUGGCACAAGCCCCAUACGUCGAUGCGCAGCGCAGCACGUUCAAUGACAUCAGUGGUGGUCGCCAAAUCAAUCUUGGGCCCAUUACAAUUAACCAGCACAGCGAGGAUAGUGAAGAAAAAGCUGAGGCGCAACGAAAGCUCGCUGACUGGCUCACUCCUCUGAAUUUUCGUCAAAAACAAAGCGAGGUCUACGGAAAACGACGAGAGGGGACUGGAGAUUGGGUACUUGAUGACGAAAGAUUCAAGGAGUGGCAAGCUGGCGACAAAAGAACGCUGUGGUGUAGUGGGAUUCCUGGUGCUGGGAAAACGGUUCUUGCAUCGUAUAUCGUCAAUCAUCUCACUAACAAGUGCAAGGACUCCAAUCUCGCUGUGGCCUACAUCUAUUGUGACUACAAAGACCAGUCAGCCCAAACGGUCUAUGGUCUCGUCGCAAGUAUCUUAAAGCAGUUCGUUCAAGAUUUCUUGCCAACAUUUAAACGUGUCAAUGAUCAAUACCGACUUCAUCAGCACAAAGACUUCCGGCCAACUCUCAAUGAACUUCACGAUACGCUAAUUUCGGAGAUCAAGCAUUUCUCAAAAGUUUUUGUCGUUGUUGACGCUUUAGAUGAAAUUACGGAAAGAGGUAGUAAGCGUUAUGAACUGCUUAGUAGGCUACAAGCCCUUGGAUGUAAUCUACUGGUGACCUCGCGUGAAAUCCAGGCGAUAAGGGAAGCUCUUUGUG